ACACACACACACACACAGAGAGAGAGAGAGAGAGAGAGAGAGAGAGAGAGAGAGAGAGAGAGAGAGAGAGAGAGAGAGGAGGAUUCAGCGAGUAUGGCUCCUUGGGAAGUCAGCUCCUUGGUGCGAAAUGUUCUCGGCAUGCUAGGAAAUGUCACGGCUUUCGGACUAUGGUGUGCACCAGUGCCCACAUUCAUCAGGGUUGUGAAGGAGAAGGAGGUCGGCGAUUUCUCCAUUCUGCCUUAUGUUGCCACAUGGGUGAACUGUGUGAUUUGGCUUUACUAUGCGCUGCCGAUGGUCUCAGAUGACAAUGUGACCCUUGCAACCAUCAGCGGAAUGGGGCUAGCUUUCUCCACGGUUUUCGUCCUCAUUUAUCUCAUAUACUGCAAGCCGAGCAAAAGGACGAAGGUCUGGGUAUUGAUCGCCUGCUCUGUCGCAUUCGGAGCUGUUUUGGUUACUUCAACGUUUGUGUCUGCAGAGAAAAGUGAACGGUCGAAAAUUGUGGGUGCUUUUGGAGUCGUCUCUGCUAUUGGGCUAUACAUAGCGCCUACAAUGAUUGUGGUAAGUAGCUGAUCCCUCAUCCCUUUCUGUCACCAUUUUUUGCUUUUUCCUUUUUUUAAAGGGGAAAUGCCCGAAACACAUUUGAAUGA